AUGCGGAAGGUGCAUCUGUCUCUGCGCUCAACUUUCAACUCCGAGUAUCCUCCGAGGAGGUUGUUUAAUGUCGGCGCGAUUAAUGAAGAGCCGGCUGUGCGUCGCCGCAGCCGCCGGUCCGCCGGUCGUGAGGAGGAGCAGGUGCAGCUUCGACGUCGCAGCCGUCGAUCCGUUCUGCGCACCAGAUGUUCCAAAUCGCUAAUAAUCCUGGCUGGUGGAAAUGGAAAUGUCCAGGUGGUAGUGCGAGCAAAAACAGCAGUUCGUGCCAAAUUGUUUCCGAAUCAAUUUCUUCUUCUCCAACGUGUUGUGACAGCGCCUAGUCCGCCUGCCUAUCUCCCUACCGGCCGCCGGCGACGAUGCAUUGCACUGGACACCGUAAUCAUCCGUCGGUUGGUCGACAAACUUUUCCCAACCUGUCACAGCUAG